AUGGCACCACCAUUCCCACCAGCACCAGCACCUGAGUCUAUGCUCUUCCGCCAUCGCCAACUAGCUCCAACAGCCAAUGUCCGAGUUUCUCCAAUCUGCCUUGGAGCCAUGAACUUUGGUGAUGCAGAUAAGGCUCGUUUGGGAGAGUGCAACAAGGAAACUUCUUUUGAGAUACUCGAUACUUUCAAAGGUCUAGGUGGUAAUUUCAUCGAUACCGCCAACGGAUAUCAAGCAGGGCAAUCUGAAACCUGGCUUGGAGAGUGGAUGAAGUCAAGGGACUGCAGAGAUGAAAUGGUUCUUGCCACCAAAUAUUCCUCCCCUUGUCAGAAGCAUCAUUCCGGGAAGAUCCAAUCGAACUUUGGAGGCAACGGAACUAAGUCUCUCAGACAUUCCGUUGAAACAUCACUCAAGAGACUCCAAACUGAUUACAUAGACCUUCUCUAUGUACAUUGGUGGGAUUAUGCAACCACCAUUCCAGAACUCAUGACUUCGCUCAAUGACCUCGUUUCUUCCGGCAAAGCCAAUUAUCUGGGCGUGUCCGACACUCCUGCCUGGGUCGUAGCGAAAGCAAAUCAAUAUGCUAGAGACCAUGGUCUUCGUCAAUUUGUCGUAUACCAAGGGCUCUAG